AUGAUGAAUUGGUUUAAAAAAAGUGAGACGCCAGAAGAACCACCAGUUAAAUCCGAAUAUGAUAGUUAUGUAGCACCACCACCAUUUGGUAAUUAUUUAGCUAAGAAACCAGAAAAACCCAAAUCUUUAAAAAAUGAAAAUUUAAAUAUAACGGAAUUUAAGGGUUUUACUCCACCACCUAAAUUUGAAUUUAAAGAAGAUUCAACAGGUAAUUCAUAUGAUCAAGAUUUUUCAAAAUAUACAAAUAGUAGUUUUAUAGACUCCUCAUUUUAUGAUGAUAAAUCAAAUAUGCUUGAUUUUACUUUAAGUAAUAGAACUAGAGCAUGUUUAGAAAGUGUAAAAAUGGGUGUAAAAAUGGGGACAAUGGUUGGUGGAAUUUUUGGAAGUUUGACAGGUUUAUAUGCAUCUUUUGCUCAUAAAAAUUUGUUUAUUUUUCCUGUCUCAGUUAUUGGAGGUGCUGCCAGUUUUGGCUUUUUCUUAGGAUGUGGAAUGAUAGUUCGAUGCUAA